UGGACUGUAUAAAAACCGUCACUGGGUAACACAAGACACUCAUUCUCUGUUCAGGCUUUCAGGUUUUCUACAGCCAUGUUGGUUUUCUCUUGGUCUCUCGUGGCCCUGCUGCUGGUGUCCUCCUCCUUGGCCGAGGAAGAUGUUGCUACCAUGGAGGAGGACAUGUCCAGGGAGCUUUCUGUUGGUGAGCUGCUGGAGAGAGCCAACAGAGACCGCAACCCCGACUUGGACGAGCCCAUCCUGAUCGAAGGGGACAUCGCUAUCAAGUCUGAGGCCGACAGAAACGCCGACCCCUGCACCUCCAGAAACUGCCUGUGGAGAAAGUGGAGCAAUGGAAAGGUCUACAUCCCCUACUACAUCGCCAACCACUACUCCUCCCGAGAGAUAUCCAUUAUCACUCGUGGACUGGAGUCUUUCUCCUCUAUGUCCUGCAUCCAUUUCAGACCCUACCAAAACGGAGAUAACGAGUGGCUGAGCAUCGAGUCCAGGGACGGCUGCUACUCCUACGUGGGUCGUCAGGGCGGCGCUCAGACUGUGUCUCUGAGCCGUCAGGGCUGCCUGUACCACAGCACCGUCCAGCACGAGCUGCUCCACGCUCUGGGCUUCAACCACGAGCAGACCCGCUCCGACAGGGACAGCUACAUCAGCGUGCAGUGGGAAAACAUCAUCGAUGGCAUGGCGUACAACUUCAACAAGAUUGCCACCCUGAACCAGGGAACUCCUUAUGACUACAACUCUGUCAUGCAAUAUGAGAGGUACGCCUUCUCCAAGAACGGCCGUGCCACCAUGGUGCCCAUUCCCAACAGCAACGUGUCCUUCGGCCAGGCCACCCAGAUGAGCAAGAAUGACAUUGAUAGGCUGAACAGGCUGUACCAGUGCUAAACUACACGUGACCUUUGACCUGCCUGAAGUGUUGCAGUGACGACAUCAUGGGCACGCCUGAUGAGGGUUUUCGGGCGGAUGGCAGUUUGGGUUGUCCUGUCACAAUAAACCUUCAGACUUCAUAAGCAUCAAACACUGAACCCUGCCUUGACUGUUUAAUAAUGGAAUGGCAAAGAACACCGGCACUUUGUAGAUUUGGGAAAUGUUAAUUAGACGCUUCACUUCAAACACCCUCUCAUUUUUAUUCUCAAAUCACAUAAAACAAUCAAUGUCAACAGUUUGAUGUCUUCUGAUCAGGAAAUAAAGCAAUUCCUACUUGUACUAUUACAA